UUUAUCAUAUGAGAUGAAAAUUGAAAAUUUUUGCCUUAGUUUUAUGGUUUUUCAGUUAUUGUGUUUUGUUCUAAUUCUAAUCCUUGCUUAUCUGUAUAAGAAUGCAUGUACAUAUUUUUCUUGGGUUGAUCCGGAGCUUGGACCAUUUCAGAAAUCAUGUUUUCUGAAACUGAAGGCUGAGAAGGCAUUAUUGGAGGAGCAAUUAAAAUGCAGAGAUGUUACUGAAGUAGCAUUGGUUGAGAGGCUGAAAAUGAAGGAAGAUGAACUAUUGUAUCUUAAAUCCAAAGUAAAUGAGUUGGAGGAGCAAGUACAAGUCUUGUCCAAGAGAAACAGAUUCAGAUAUCCUAUUGU